AUGUGUUCAAGAAGGCUAAAUUUUCAUACAGCUAAUCACUUAGGUCCCAUAUCCGCGUCUAGAGAUAAAAUCUACAUCAAUCAAUUGAAAUUACAAACUAUUACAGGUCCAGAUUUAUGGAAUGCAUUAAAUACACAAAAAUGUCAUGUAUCCCUCAGAAUUGGCACAGAUUUUAGUAAAUCCUCCACCACAGACGACUUAAAAUACUCUUUAAAUUAUGCUGUAAUAAGUAGAGAUAUUACCAACUUGGUUAAAGGAAGAAAAGAUUGGUUACAAUUAAGCAAUUUGACGAAAUCCAUAUAUGAUUUUACGACUUCCAAAGAUCGAUAUCGAGGUGUUAAUGAAUUAGAAGUUUGUGUAAAGAAUCUAGAUUAUCAUUUAAGGACUCCUCAUAUUUCAUGCAUUAUGAGAGAACCAACAGAAGAAAUCUAUGAGAUCCAUAAUCUUGAAUUAUUUACAAUUAUUGGUGUUUUCACUUUUGAAAGACUACAAAAACAAAAAGUGUCUCUAGAUAUAAUUAUUAAGAGUCCUCCAGGUUUAGAUAAAACUUCUUCCUUGAAACUUAUCAUUGAUAAUAUAGUGGAAUAUGUGGAAAAGUCUAAUUUUAAAACUGUAGAAGCCUUGGUUGAAUCAGUAGGGAAAGUGAUCUCUCAAUCAAUAUCUUCGUCUGAUAGAGAUCGAAUUGAAAUAACUGUUAAAGUUAUAAAAUUAAGUGCAAUAACAGAUACCGAUGGUGUUGGUGUUAGCACUACAAAAAGUGUUAAACAAUUGGAUUUAUUAAAGAGUAUAAAAUUAAAGGAUAAUUCUAUGGAUAAAUCCACAAAGUUUGAUUUACCUGUAGAACAAAAAUUUAAGCAAAUAAGCAUUGUUAACAACGAAUGGAAUACAGCAUAUUUAGCAUUUGGCUCUAAUAUUGGUAAUAGGGUCAAAUAUAUACUAUCAGCUAUCAAUUUGUUAGACAAAAAUCCUAAAAUCAAAGUCUUAAAUACUUCAUCCCUGUUUGAGAGUGAACCAAUGUAUUUCAAAGAUCAAAAUUCAUUUAUGAAUGGAUGUUUACAAAUAAAAACCCAGUUGAACCCUGAUGAAUUGCUUACUGUUUGCAAACAAAUUGAAUAUGAAGAAUUGAAAAGAGUAAAACAUUUUGAUAACGGUCCAAGAUGUAUUGACUUAGAUAUCAUACUAUACUUAAACAGUGAGGGUAAUCAUGUUCUGGUUAAUACUGAAAAUUUAAUUGUACCACAUCCAAAAAUGCUAGAAAGAACCUUCGUUUUAGAACCACUAAGUGAACUUAUCCCAUCAACUAUGUUACACCCUAUUACAUCUGAACCAAUUAUUCAACAUCUAGACCAAAUAUAUGCAAAAUUAAAUGACGCGGAUUAUUUGACUAAAUUAAUUCCAUUGCCAUCAAUAAAUAAUAGCUAUCGUUUUUUGAGAUUCAAUACUAGAUAUGAAUUGAAUCCAAUAUCAUCACAAGUGAUCAGAAAAACUUCAUCUCCUACAUAUAUUAUGGGUAUAAUCAAUAAUACUCCAGAUUCCUUCUCUGAUGGAGGAAAGCAUUUUAAUAACAUUGACAAGAAAUUAGACGAUAUUAUAAGAAUGUGUAAUGAAGCAUUUAAAUUACAGGAAAAUAUUAUAAUUGAUAUAGGAGGUUGCUCUACCCGUCCCAAUUCAAAACAAGCUACAUCAGAGGAAGAAUUAUCUCGGUCCAUCCAGUUAAUUAAAACCAUUAGACAAUGUCCACAAUUACCACAAGAAAAGAUUGUUCUAUCUAUUGAUACAUACAGAUCUGAGGUGGCUCGACAAGCUGUUUUGGCUGGUGUAGAUAUUAUUAAUGAUAUUUCUGGUGGCACAUUUGAUCCAGCAAUCUUUGAAGUUGUUGCAGAAAAUCCUUAUGUGGCUUAUGUUCUCUCUCAUAUUAGAGGUGACAUUAACACUAUGACACAAUUAAAUCAUUAUGAAGAAACAGAAAACUUGAAUGGGACGGAAUUUUUAUACAAUCAGAUAGAAAAGAAUAAUACACAAACUCAAUUUAUUAGAUCAAUUGGUUUUGAAAUGUCUCAAACAUAUAGGAAAGCUGUUCAAUGUGGAGUGAAACGCUGGCAAAUAAUUAUGGAUCCAGGAUUAGGAUUUGCAAAAAAUGGUAAUCAAAAUAUUCAAUUGAUGAAGGAUAUCCCAUUACUCAAAAAUUAUUCAUUUUUCAAUGAAGAUACUAAGGAAUUUACUAACUUCAAAAAUAUACCUGUAUUAGUAGGACCUUCCAGAAAGAAAUUUAUUGGGACAAUAACAAAGGAAGAAGAUGCCUCUAAGAGAGACUUUGCUACUGGUUCUGUUGUUACAUCUUGUAUUGGUUUAGGCUGUGAUAUUGUAAGAGUGCAUAACGUGGCCGAUUGUUCUAAAGCAGUGAAAAUUGCAGACUCUAUUUACAAAUAUUUGUGA